UGUGACGGCAAAACCGGAAGUAUUUAGUACUCCUCUACAGCUCUAGUGAGAGUGGACAAUCAGCUGUUUGGGCCCGGUUAUGUGUGUUUAUGUCGGCUGAUCGAGCCAGAUUUCAGACAUUAUAAUGACCAGUUACGAACAGAGGGGGAUGUCAGCGAUAAUGGAGUCUGUGUAAGGUAGGACAGCAACGAGUGACGUCAUGUUUUCGAAUACGACCACAGUGUCCUACAAUGAUACGACGCUAAAUCCCUCGACUAAUGACGUCAUAGCGCCUCUCUGGGGUUACAUUUCAGCUGCCGUAGCUGUGAUAUUCUUAGGAAAUAUCGUGGUGCCAGUCAAGCGGUUCGAAACGGGCGAUGGUAUAUAUUUUCAACUCAUGUUUUGUCAUGGAGCCCUUUUAGUCGGCACAAUUAUUCAACAGUUUCGAAGCGAGGCUACCUUUUAUCCCAUUGUCAUGCUAGGCGGCGUAGUAUGGAUUACCGCCAACCUGUUCCUGGUACCUAUCGUGAAAGCUGUGGGUAUGGCACAGGGGAUGUGUGUAUGGGGGAUCUGUAAUAUGCUGAGUGGCUGGGCCACGGGCAGGUUUGGUUUGUUUGGUAUACAGAAGGAAGUUCCGGAUUCCAUACCUCUCAACUAUAGUGGCGUUCUCUUCUGUAUCCUAAGUGCUGUGAUAUUUUCGUUCCUUAAACCGGAUAUACGUAAAGUAAAAGAGCCAGGGGAGACAACGCCAUCAUCUCCUUCUGCUGGACAAUACAACACCUUUGAUCCUAUUAACACGCUAACGUCUGCAAGGAUCCCGACGGAGGAGUGCAUGUUGUUGUCUCCCGCGAACAAACGCACAGAGGAGGGGCUCAUCUUUGUUGAUAAACUGCCUCCUACAAAGAAAAAAAUCCUAGGGAUUACCAUGAGUGUGAUAUCGGGGGCGUUGUACGGCCAGACCUACACGCCGUCCCUCUACGUACAGCAGACAUAUAACCAUUCCAGCCAGUUUGGUAGAAUGGACUACGCCUUUGCCACAAUGUGUGGUCUGUUUUUGGGAAAUACAUUUUACUUCUGCGUGUACUGUGUUGUGAUGGGCAACAUACCCCGGAUCUACCCCCGGGCUAGCCUCCCGGGGAUCCUGACCGGGCUGAUGUGGGGAACAGCCAGCUCGCUGUGGUUUCUGGUCAACGAUACGCUGUCAGAAUCAGUUUCCUUCCCUAUCAUGACUACAGUGCCAAUUGUCAUCAACGCCAUAGUGGGCGUGGUCUUCUUCCGGGAGAUCAAGGGUCGAAGGAAUCUAUGUCUACUGUUACUGGGGAUAGCUGUGACAGGGGCCGGAGCAGUUAUGUGUGCCCUGUCUAAACACCCGGUAUAAUAACAACAAAGACUGUACUAUGUUCCUUAACCCAUUGACCAGUGCAAUAUGUAAGGCCAGCAGUACUCUCCUCGAGCAACUCAACUGGUACAGUGUUCGACCAAUGAAGACUUGCCUCAGUGUUCAUCUCCUGGAUCCGUUCAGUUUUUACGUCAGAAAUAAAGAAUGACGACUCGUCAGAUGUUUGACUUGAAGUAUCAAUAGUUUCCUGUUCUGGACCAAAUCUUAUUGUCAUUCAGAAUAACAGAUAGUAUGGUGAAACACCACACAUUUUAGUCUCUAAAUCGAUCAUUUCAUAUAUGAUAUUAAUGUUAAAUAGACUAAUGUUUUAUUGCUCAAAUAUUUAUGAGAAAAACGAAAUCCGAAAAAUGAUAAUAUAACAGUAAUUUGAUAUCCUCUAAUGAUCUCUUCCCAAGCUGAAAAGCAUUGUUGAAUGUUCUUGUCGUUUCUGCUUCUUUUUUUUCCUGCCAAGUAAUGUCCACAAUCAUCACGUUGAUUAUAGUGGUUUAAGAUAUUGAAACUUUCAAUCUAAUUUGAGGUUACAGACGACAAAAAACCCUGUUAUAUCAUCUUCAUAAAAUAUUAUUAGCUUAAUCAAACGUAGCAAAGCAAUACACUGUAAACAUACCUAUACCAACACACCGUAAACAUACCUAUACCAACACAUUGUAAACAUACCUAUACCAAUACACUGUAAACAUACCUAUACCAACACACUGUAAACAUACCUAUACCAAUACACUGUAAACAUACCUAUACAAACACACUGUAAACAUACCAAUACAAACACACUGUAAACAUACCUAUACCAAUACACUGUAAACAUACCUAUACCAACACACUGUAAACACUCCUAUACCAACGCACUUAAAUAUUAGACUCGCCAUCUACAUAUGUAAUGAGGAAUUGGUGCAAAGUUUAUUUCUAAUACAGAUACACUGUAUAACCAUAUAUUUCGUUUUUCUUGAAAAGAAUACCGCCAAAUAAGUAUAUUUUAAGUGUGUACUUGUUGGUCUUUAAUCUCACUGUUUUUAAUGAGUAUGUGAUACGUUUUGGCUGACGCUUAUGUAUCUUAAUAAAACAGCGUUUUAAAGUCUAAGACAUAUUGAAUCAGAAUGUGAGGUCUUUUAAUGAGAGUAUGAAAGUAAUGUGAUAGGUUGUGAUGAGUAAAUCGUGAUUAAUGAUAGUGCAGUCUUAUAGAUGUUUAAUGAAGGUGACGUUUUUAAUGGGUCUGAUGUAUUUCAAAGAAUCUGAUAAUUCUAUAAUUCUUUGUGCGAUGUUUUAACGCUUUUGUGUUUAUAUAUAAACAUGUUUUAUUGCAUGUUUUAAUGAAUCUGAUACAUUUAAAGAAGUAUAUGAAUGUGUUUUAAAGGAGUUCUGUGAGAUGAUUUCAUUAGUCUUUCAGGUGUGGUUAUGAGAGUCUGGCAUUUUUAUUUCACUGGAGGUCAGUGCAGAUUUUGUGUCGCCUGCAACGCGAGGCGACAUAUAGGUAGUACUUUGUCGUUUCGUCGGUUGCGUCGUCCGAAACAAGGUUUCCGCGCGAUACCUUGAGUUCCCUUCGGUACACAUAUUGCGUACUAAUAUACCUCGCGCAGAAGUUUACAUGCAUUUUUGGAGGAAUUGUGCCCCUUUUAUUGCCAAAUAAGGGCAUUGUGUAGUAUCAAUUCCUUUCAAAUUUUGUACGUUAAUGCUAGAAGCAAUAAUGUUAAGCAUAUGCUUCUUGUUUUUCUGUCGAGUAUCAGUUUUUUAUGCGUUUUGGCAUAUCUGUCAAGCCAAAACACUUUUCUUACUAAAACCGCUGAGCAGGCGACACAUCCACUCCCGUGAAAUUCCUGUUUUAUUUGGUCUGUGGUAUUUUAAUGGGGUUCUGUGCAGUGUUCCGAGUAUUGGAUGCCGCUGUUUAGUAAGUGUAUAAAAGCUGAGAGUCGUUCUUACGAACAUGGUGGCAUUAUAUGAGAAUAUGGUGAUAUUAUAUGAUAAUAUUGAUCGUCAAGGUGAAAUCUUAUUAUUGUAUUACGUUUAUUGAAAAUAAUAAAAAAAAUGUGAACCACGC